UCCUAAUAAAAGAUGAAGGAGAAGAAGAAAAAGAAAAAGAAGAACUCGCGUGUGAUGUGUUUGUGUAUCCUCAGUGUUUUUCUCUCUUGAGUGUUUUAAACAGAGUCUUGUCUCUGUGUAUUUUAGUGUUGAUGAUGGAUGUGAUGUGCUGUAAAUCAGUAGGAACUGAUCUGUCCAUGCUGGAUAUUGAUGAUUUCAUCACAGAAAUCUCUCAGCUGAAGAAAGAGGUGGCGUUACUGGAGACAAAGCUGAGGUUAAGAGGAGAUGAAGGACUGAAGAGAGAGGACUCCGAGCUCAGUCUGACUUUACUCUGUUAUACUGAGUCAAAGCACACAGACGCUCAGGACACUACAGUGUGUGACAGUAAUCAGGACUUACAGGAUGAUGAAUCUACUGAUCAAACCUCCACAGAGUCUCUGGAUUCUGUCUGUAACGCUGGAGAACAGCAGCAGAUCCUGCACACCAAACUCAACAUGUGUUCAGUCAAACUCAUCGACUGCAAGAACCUCAUGAUGAAGACGAGAAGAGAAACCACAGAAGAGGAAGAUCACACUGAUGAUGAUGAAGACAAUCAUGACGAUGAGGAGGAGGAGGAGGAGAAUUAUGACAACACUGAUGAUGAUUUUAUUCCUUCAGAUCAAAAGAAUGAUUCAUGUUCUGAGGGAGAAAUAACGUCCUCAACAUCAAAAGAGCGACGGGCAGCACAAUCUUUUUCCUGCAACACCUGUGGAAAGACAUUGAGCUCACAAGGACAUUUAAACAGACAUGAGAGAAAACACAAUGAAGAGAAACUCUUCACCUGCACCAGAUCUAAGAUCAGCUUUACUACCUUACAAGAGAAGAAACUUCAUUCAGAAGAGCACAGAGAGAAGAAGAAGUUACACUGUCAGAAAAGUGAUGAAAAGUCUUUCCACUGCACUGAAUGUGACAAAUAUUUAAGCAGCAAAGGAAGUCUUGUUGCUCAUCAGAGAAUUCACACAGGAGAAAAACCAUACGAGUGUCCUCACUGUGAGAAGAGAUUCAACCACAAACCUUAUCUGAAGAACCACAUGCGUAUACACACCAAUGAGAGACCGUAUCAGUGCAGUGAAUGUGGAAAAACUUUUACAGGAAACUCUGCAUUAAAGUCACACCAAAAAAUACACAGUGAAGAGAAACUUCAUCAAUGUUCACACUGUGAUAAACGUUUUCAUCAUAAAGGUCAGCUGAUAAUCCAUGAGAGAGUUCACACCGGAGAGAAACCUUAUCUCUGUUCUCAGUGUGGUAGGAGCUUCUCCAGUCCAACUUCUUUCAUUGUUCAUCAGAGAAUUCACACUGGAGAGAAACCCUAUCACUGUAAUGUCUGUGGGAAGAGUUUUCAUCGACAAACACACUUUGCAAAGCACCAGAGAAUUCAUACAGGUGAAAGACUUUACAAAUGCUCUCAGUGUGAGAAGACGUUUGCUCGAUCAGAUGUCUUGAGAACCCAUGAGAGAGUUCACACUGGAGAGAAACCUUAUCACUGCUUGAUCUGUGGAGAGAGAUUUGCUUAUUUAGGAAGUUUUCAUACUCACAAGAAGAAACAUACUGAAGAACAAACUACACUGCAAUCAUCAUAGCAUCUUUUUAACUUUUCUAUUCUUCUUGUCUUUUUGUAAAAUCUAUUUCUGUUAUACACUAUAUUGCCAAAAGUUUUGGGACACCUGCAUUUUUAUGCAUAUUAACCUGAAUAACAUUCCAUUCUUAAUCAAUGGGGUUUAAUAUGGAGUUGGCCCACCCUUUGCAGCUAUAACAGCUUCAGCUCUUCUUGGAAGGCUUUCCACUAGAUUUAGGAGUGUGUUUAUGGGAAUUUUUGACCAUUCUUCUAAAAGCACAUUUGUAAGGUCAGACACUGAUGUUGGCCUCGCUCGUAGUCUCCGCUCUAAUUCAUCCCAAAGAUGUUCUGUAAGGUUGAGGUCAGGACAGUCAAGUUCCUCCAAACCAAACUCGCUCAUCCAUGUCUUUAUGGACCUUGCUUUGUGCACUGGUGCACAGUCAUGUUAGAACAGGAAGGGGUCAUUCCCAAACUGUUCCCAAAAAGUUGGGAGCAUGAAACUGUCCAAAGUGGGGCAGCAGUGGUUGAGUGGUUCAUGUAGGUCAUGGCUAUUCAAAUCUUACCCUGGAGGCCCAGAGCACUACAGAGUUUAGCUCCAACCCUAAUCAAAUGUUACCACCUGUGAUUUUCUAGUGAUCAUGAAGAAGUUUGAUCAGGGUUGAAGCUAAACUCUGCAGUGCUCCGGCCCUCCAGGGUAAGAUUUGAAUAGCCCUGAUGUAGGUUGUCUACAAAUCGGAAGGUUGGUGGUUCAAUCCCCGGCUCCACCUGACCAAGUGUCGAGGUGUCCUUGAGGGAGACACCUAACCCCAGCUGCUCCUGAUGAGCUGGAUGGCACCUUGCAUGGCUGACACCACCAUCGGUGUAUGAAUGUGUGAGUGAAUGGGUGAAUGUGAGGCAAAAAUUGUCAAGCGCUUUGGAUGGCCAUUGGUGUAUGAAAGCGCUAUAUAAAUGCAGUCCAUUUACCAUUAACCAAAGUGUCUUUGUAUGAAGAGAUUAAGAGUUCCUUUUACUGGAACUAAGGGGUCAAGCCCAAACCUUGAAGAACAACCCCAAACCAUAAUCCCUCUACACCAAACUUUACACUUGGCACAAUGCAGUCAGGCAAGUACCGUUCUCCUGGCAACCACCAAUCCCAGACUUGUCCAUCGGAUUGCCAGACUUCUCUAGAGUCCAGUGGAGUUACACCAUUGCAUCUGACGCUUUGCAUUGAACUUGGGUAUGUAAGGCUUGGAUGCAGCUGCUCGGCCAUGGAAACCCAUUCCAUGAAGCUCUCUUUUGGGGUUCUUUUUGCCUGAAUUACUGCAGCAAUGCGGCGUGGCAUGGAGUCGAUCAGUCUGUGGCACUGCUCAGGUGUUAUGAGAGCCCAUAAAGGGUGACCAUAUAAAUCACCAAAUAAGACUUCCGGAAGACGCACCCGAAAUCCUGGCCUGGACCCGUCCCGGGAAAAUGGCUUCUUUGACUGCAGCUAACGUGUAUUGACAAAAUAUUUGAACAUUUAGAGAGAGCCUAAUGUUAAAACCUAAGAGCCAGGUGCUCAAUUAAAGGAAACAUUGAUCACUAUAAUGGUGACUUCAAACAAGCCCUGACAGAAAUAAAGUCAAACUGGUUUGUAAUAAGUGAA